AUGGGAUUAAGUCACUCUUCUUAUCAUUCUUCUCAUGUGAGGAGCGUGACGGAUUAUGGUCCAGUUAUUGUCGAACCACAUUUAGAAAUAUACCCGCGUUUGCCAAUUUGUGAAUUCAUGGGCUAUGACAAUAACUCAUACAGCCCACAAUUCGAAUUGUUGAUUCAAAGUUAUCAAGCGCUAUAUGAUCGCCCCUGCGAAGACACGCGAUCAUAUUGCCAGGUCGCUGGACUCCAUGCAAUACCUUUUAAAGCCUAUGAUGGAGUUACUGGUGGCGUUCAUGAAUACAAUAAUGAGACGGACUGGAUAAAAGGUCGUUAUGGUGGAUAUUGUCAUCAUGGAGAUGUUUUGUUUCAACCAUGGCAUCGACCUUAUUUACUAUUAGUAGAAUCGCUAUUAAUUAACGAGGCAAAGAGAAUUGCUUUACAAUACCCAGAUAAUGAAAGAGAAAAGUACGUCGAAGCAGCAAAUAAAUUUCGCCAUCCCUAUUGGGAUUGGGCAGAAAAAGAGGCAUUGAAGAUUCCGGAUGCAUUUACAGAAGCUGAAUUCGAAAUAAAUACGCCAAAAGGCAUGGAAAAAGUCAAAAAUCCAUUAAAAAGUUAUAUAUUACCCGUAGAUCUUUCAUAUCCCCUUGAAAAAGGCCGAAAUCCAACUGAUAAACCCCACUAUGAAAUACCAGGCCUGGAUCGUAAUCCAUUUACACCUGCUGGUUAUCCUACUAUCAGAUACCCUAACCCUAACUAUGAAGAUCAAUAUGAUUUAUUAAACCUAAAUAUGACCAUAUAUAAUCCUACGGUCUUUAGACCAGGAUUUUAUCAAACAUUUCAUAUUGAUAAUUACCUACACUUUAGCAAUCAUGCUUUAAGAUCAAAUGACACAGAAAUGGGAGAUUAUCUCACAGCUCAUCCGAAACCAAAAUUGAUUGGAUAUUCACAUUUUGCAUCUAUUGAAACAACUCAUGAUGCUUUUCAUUUCAUAUCUGGUGGUCCUGGUGGUCAUAUGUCUUAUGCGGAUAUAACUGCAUACGACCCGUUAUUCUUUUUUCACCAUGUCUUUGUUGAUCGUCUAUUUGCAAUUUGGCAGACAAUUUGGGUUCCGGAAAAUAUUAGCGUUAAUGGAACUUAUACACUAGAAAAAAACUCAGUAGUAAAUGAACAUACAGGACUAACACCAUUCCGAAAAUCAAAAACAGAAUUUUGGACAGCUUCAGACAUUCGAGAUAUAGAAAAACUUGGAUAUACUUAUCCUGAAUUGUUUCAUGGACGUAGAUUUUUCGCAAAAUUAACUAUAGAAGCGUGUAAAUUAAUUGGAUCGUACGUUAUUAGAGUUUUCGUUGAUUUGAAAAAUGCAACUGCUGAAACACCAGUAACUUCACCUCAUUUUGCUGGCUUAGUUGCCAUGCGGCAUAAACCUCAUAAAGAUGCUACUUAUUUAGUAGGAAGUGUCGAUAUUACAGCAGCUAUGGAACGAUUGGGAAUACGAACACAAAUACACCAUUAUUAUUAUGAUCUACUUGAUAACAAUACAGGCUUGUUAAAUCCGGAGGCAAUUUUUGAUGUUGAUAAUGAUAUCAACAUAGUUGCUUGUUAUUUGAAUGGUACAGAAAUUAGUCCUAAAGAAGCUGGUGUUAAAAAAGUUGAAGUUUAUUCACUCCAACACGAUGAAGACGAUCCAAAUUUCUUGGUCGAAAAUAGUGGUCAACAUCAUUUCACUAAGAGAUUUUAA